AUGGAGGCAUCUGCGGCCUGUGAGGAAGGGCAGAUGACACAAGAUUUGAAGAUGGAUGUUGAGCUGCAAAUCAGGAAGAGUAAAGGCCAUCGGAAGCUAGCAUGGCAGAAUAUCAAGUCAGCAUCACAACGGCCCACUUUAAAUCUGAAGGGCAAAGACCUCUCCGACGAUAUCCUCGCCCAUGCGUCCACCAUGACACAUCUGACGAGCAUUAACUUCACUUAUAGCGCAGGCCUCAGUACAGAGGGCAUCAAGCACCUCUACAGGCUGCCACAGCUGGAGACGCUAAACCUCCAACACACAGACGUCUCAGACAGUGCCUUGGAAGGCAUUGGGUCCUUGACCCGUCUCAAGGAGCUCUAUCUCGAUCAAACCAAUGUGACCGAUGCUGGCCUGGCGCACUUGACAGCACUGACCUCCCUCGCAGAUCUGCGGCUGUAUUUGUGCAAGGGUGUGACGGAUGCUGGCAUGGUGCACGUGGGGAGGUUAACAGGGCUCGAGGUACUUCUGAUGGUUAAGACGGGAAUUACAGGCACUGGCCUUCUGCACUUGACAGGUCUCACCUCUCUCAAAGUGCUGGACCUUACCAGUGGCGAGGGUCUAACAAGCGCUGGAUUGGUGGAUCUGGGGAGGUUGGCAUCGCUGAGGAGGCUUUUUUUGCAGAACUUGGCAGGCCUCACCGAUGACGGUCUACAGCACUUGACAGGUCUUUCCACUCUCGAAGAGCUGCUUCUUGGUGGCUGCAAGGGUGUGACGGAUGCUGGCAUGGUGCAUGUGGGGAGGCUGACAGGGCUGAAGGGACUAUUUCUGAGUGGCACGCCAAUCACGGAUGAUGGGCUGCUGCAGCUGACUGCCCUGACCAAGCUGAGAACCCUCCAGCUGCCAAUCACGGAUGAUGGGCUGCUGACAAAGUGCGCAGCUGGAUAG